GGUCAUGUAGCCCGCAUGCCCAGCCACCGCAUGCCUCAACAGCUUUUGUUCGGCCGGAUCGAGGGGGCUAAACGGGCGCGGCACGGGCUGGAGAAGAGAUGGAGUGAUGUGGUACAGGAGGACGUGGAGCUGAGUGAGUGGUCUGUGAAGCGGGCACUAGCGUCCACGUUCCGGCGUAGAGUGAAGAUGUCGGCGCCGGAGAGUGGAGCCGUGUGGGACGAGGCGGAGGAUGGCAUUGCUGAGGAGAUUCUCAAGAUGGGCACGGAGGAAAUCAUACAGCGCACACGUCUCCUGGACAAUGAGAUAAAGAUAAUGAAGAGUGAGACGAUGAGAAUUAACCACGAGCUCACAGCCAUGAAGGAGAAGAUCAAGGAGAAUACAGAGAAGAUCAAGGUGAACAAGACGCUGCCGUACCUGGUCUCCAAUGUUAUUGAGCUGCUGGAUGUAGACCCCACAGAGCAGGAGGAGGAUGGUGCCAAUGUGGACUUGGACUCUCAACGCAAGGGCAAGUGCGCCGUCAUCAAGACUUCCACUCGCCAGACGUACUUUCUGCCUGUCAUCGGACUGGUUGAUGCCGAGAAGUUGAAGCCUGGAGACCUUGUGGGAGUGAACAAGGACUCCUACCUGAUCCUGGAGACCCUCCCCACAGAGUACGACUCUCGCGUCAAGGCCAUGGAGGUGGACGAGCGACCGACGGAGCAGUACAGCGAUGUCGGCGGUCUGGACAAGCAGAUUCAAGAGUUGGUGGAGGCCAUUGUGCUGCCCAUGACGCACAAGGAGCGGUUUGAGAACCUGGGCAUCCAACCCCCCAAGGGAGUGCUCAUGUACGGGCCCCCCGGCACUGGCAAGACUCUUUUGGCCCGCGCCUGUGCGGCUCAGACUAAGGCCACAUUCCUGAAGCUGGCCGGCCCACAGCUGGUGCAGAUGUUCAUUGGUGAUGGUGCCAAGCUGGUGCGGGAUGCCUUUGCGCUGGCCAAGGAGAAGGCUCCAACCAUCAUCUUCAUCGACGAGCUUGAUGCCAUUGGAACAAAGAGGUUUGACAGCGAGAAGGCUGGGGACCGUGAGGUCCAGCGCACGAUGCUGGAACUGCUCAAUCAGCUGGAUGGCUUCCAGCCAAACACGCAAGUCAAGGUGAUUGCGGCGACGAACCGCGUGGACAUUCUGGACCCUGCUCUGCUCCGAUCAGGGCGGCUCGACCGCAAGAUCGAGUUCCCGAUGCCCAACGAGGAGGCGCGGGCCCGCAUCAUGCAGAUCCACUCCCGCAAGAUGAAUGUCAGCCCCGAUGUGAACUUUGAGGAGCUGGCACGGUGCACAGACGACUUCAAUGGAGCACAGUGCAAGGCCGUGUGUGUGGAGGCAGGCAUGAUUGCGCUCCGCCGUGGAGCCACGGAGCUCACACAUGAGGACUACAUGGACGGAAUCUUGGAGGUGCAGGCCAAGAAGAAGGCCAACCUGCAGUACUACGCCUAGACCCGUGGCCCCUCUGUGGCACACGCAGGCUGGCCGGUCGCACGUGUGUUUGUCCGUGGUAUGAAUCGGUGUUUAUUGAUGUUCCUUUCUCAGCCUUAAGACUUAAUUCAGUGGCUCUUAAUCUUUUCAGUAUGGACGCCCCACCCUCCAAUCGAGACCACUAGCUCAUGUGUGCAACUCCCACCCAAAUUGCGAAUGCCACAAUAAACAUAUUGCAUGUCCCCGCCUGUAGUUGACUGGUGAUAUUAAGGCAUUUUUUUAAGGCAUUUUUUUUAUGUUGUGUACAAGUUUGUUUUGUCGCCGCAUGCGGAUUACGUUCCUUGCGCACAUUAAACAUUUCUCUGGGUAGUGGGGUAGUGGGGGGAGAACUGGCCUCCGUUGAGUAGAUCAGCCACGUGGGCUGUGUUGGGUGUGCUGACACUGUGCCAUUAGGUGAGUGAGGAGGGUGGGGGUAGGUGUGUAUUCACAACAGUGGCAAAGCUGGAAAUAUGGAUGGGUAGAGUUCUGGGUUUAGGUAGCAAACCACCCCCGCCCUUGGUGUGAAUCGCACAGCCCAAGCAAAACUGGCUGACACUGGCUGAGUGAGUGAGCAUCCAUGCGGCAGUCGGGUCAAGAGUUAUGGGUAGACUUAGUCAAAGUGCUCUUUCGUUGGGAGAGAUGUAAUAGUGACUGAUUUGAGCAAUUGUGGUGACGUUUCAUUUUUGUAAUAAAAUGAAAGAUGUUCUCUGCUGAAA